GAUCGGAAUAAUAGAAAAACAGUUUUAAGGGCAACCAGUCGAGUGCGGUAGCGUCGUGUUUUUUUAAUCGAAGUUUACUACAAUGAAUGAGGGACAGAUUGAUCCACAGUUUGCACAGGAAGUACAGGUGGAAGUCCAGAAGGCCAAAAUUCAACAGCAGCUAAACAAACAGAGUGAGAUGUGUUGGGACCUUUGUGUUGGAUCCAUGGCAGCCAAGUUUGACAGCCGAACAGAGAGUUGUAUCUCAAACUGUGUAGAGAGAUAUGUAGACACAAGUUUAUUUAUCCAGAACCGAUUUCAGGAAAAGCUGUCAACGAUGGGGCGGAUGGGAUAACAGUGAUUUUAUUUUAGACAUGUACUCCUAGUAACUGUCACAAGAUGGCACUGUACGAAGCAGUCCUGGCAUUAAUGCACCGUAGCGUGUACUGUAGCAUUCAAUGAUUGGUUGUAUUUGUACUGGGGCAGCAUUGGUAAUCGUGUGUAAUACUGUAAUUUGAUGACAAUUUGAAUGUGAAAUAAACCUGUUACUGUAAAUUAUUACGGUAAAUAAACUAUGAAUAUAUAA